UUGUGACCUAAUGUUCUAACACGUAUAAAUACCACCCACCUCGCCUUCUCUUCCCUAUUCAGCCAUUGACCAUUUCUUCAGGUUACUCACAGUCCUAUUAAAGGAUGAGCCACUCAGAGGAGAAUAAUGAAGUUCCAGCUCCGGAAAACCGACCAGUUCCUCGUUUGAAUGAAAGGAUUCUUUCAUCUUUGUCAAGGAGAUCAGUUGCUGCCCACCCCUGGCACGAUCUUGAAAUUGGACCUGGAGCUCCCAAUAUUUUCAAUUGUGUUGUGGAGAUUACCAAGGGAAGCAAGGUGAAAUACGAACUUGACAAGAAGACUGGAUUGAUUAAAGUUGAUCGGGUCUUGUACUCAUCUGUUGUUUAUCCUCAUAACUAUGGCUUUAUCCCUCGUACACUGUGUGAAGACAACGAUCCGCUUGAUGUCCUGAUUAUAAUGCAGGAGCCAGUUCUUCCUGGUUGUUUCCUACGAGCCAAGGCCAUUGGGUUGAUGCCCAUGAUUGACCAGGGAGAGAAGGAUGAUAAGAUUAUUGCAGUAUGUGCCGAUGAUCCAGAGUACAAGCACUACAAUGACAUCAAAGAUCUGCCACCUCAUCGUCUCUCCGAGAUUCGACGCUUCUUUGAAGACUACAAGAAGAAUGAGAACAAGGAGGUGGCUGUUAAUGACUUCUUGCCUGCAACCACUGCUGUUGAAGCCAUCCAGUAUUCAAUGGAUCUUUACGCGGAGUAUAUUCUGCACACCUUGAGGAGAUAGACAACAAUGCUAGCUGCCAUAAAUCAUAACA